AUGCUGGUUCCCACUCUCCUCGUCCUCCUCUUCUGCCUCCGAGGGCAUGCAGGUCUAUUGCCCCAUUUCCUGCAACAACCAGAUGACCUUGUGGCACUGCUGGGGGAUGAGGCCCGGCUGCCCUGUGCCCUGGGUGAAUACUGGGGGCUGGUUCAGUGGACUAAGGAUGGACUGGCUCUAGGGGGUGAAAGGGACCUGCCAGGGUGGUCCCGGUACUGGAUAUCAGGGAAUGCAGCCAGUGGCCAGCACGAUCUUUACAUUAGGCCCGUGGAGCUAGAGGAUCAAGCUUCAUAUGAAUGUCAGGCUACACAAGCAGGCCUCCGCUCUCGACCAGCCCAACUGCUUGUGUUGGUGCCCCCAGAAGCCCCCCAGGUGCUGGGUGGCCCCUUUGUGUCUCUGGUGGCUGGUGUUCCUGCGAAUCUGACCUGUCGGAGCCGUGGGGAUGCCCGCCCCACCCCUGAGCUGCUGUGGUUCCGAGAUGGGAUCCGGCUGGAUGGGACCACCUUCCACCAGACCCUGCUGAAGGAAGGAACCACUGGAUCAGUGGAGAGCAUCUUAUCCUUGACUCCUUCCAGUCAUGAUGAUGGAGCCACCUUGGUCUGUCGGGCCCGGAGCCAAGCCCUGCCGUCGGGGAAGGAUACAGCUAUCACACUGAGCUUGCAGUACCCCCCUGUGGUGACUCUGUCUGCAGAACCACAGACUGUGCUGGAGGGAGAGAAGGUCACUUUUCUGUGCCAGGCCACAGCCCAACCUCCUGUCACUGGCUAUAGGUGGGCAAAGGGAGGCUCCCCGGUGCUCGGGGCCCGCGGGCCAAUGUUGGAGGUCGUGGCAGACUCCUCAUUCCUGACUGAGCCGGUGUCCUGCGAGGUCAGCAACGCUGUGGGUAGCGCCAACCGCAGCACCGCGCUGGACGUGCAGUUCGGGCCAAUUCUGCAGGCAAGGCCAGAGCCCAUGUCAGUAGACGUAGGGGAAGACGCUUCCUUCAGCUGUGCCUGGCGCGGGAACCCGCUCCCACGGGUAACUUGGACCCGCAGCGGGGACGCGCAGGUGCUGAGCUCCGGGCCCACGCUGCGUCUUCCGUCGGUGGGGCCCGAGGAUGCAGGCGACUACCUGUGCAGAGCUGAGCCGGGGCUCUCAGGCCUGGGCGGCGGCGCUGCGGAGGCUAGGUUGACUGUGAACGCUCCCCCAGUUGUGACUGCCCUGCAUUCUGCGCCCGCCUUCUUGAGGGGCCCCGCCCGCCUCCAAUGUCUAGUCUUCGCAACCCCAGCCCCAGAUGCCGUGGUCUGGUCUUGGGAUGGGGGCUUUCUCACAGCGGGGUCUCAGGGUCGGUUCUUGGUGGAGACGUUCCCAGCCCCAGAGGGCCGCCAGGAACAGGGCCCAGCCCUGAUCUCUGUGCUACACAUCUCGGGGACCCAGGAAUCCGACUUUAGCCGAGGUUUCAACUGCAGUGCCAGGAACCGGUUGGGUGAGGGAGGCACCCAGGUCAGCCUGGGCCGAAGAGACUUGCUGCCCACUGUGCGGAUUGCGGCUGGAGUGGCUGCUGCAGCCAUGACUCUUCUUAUGGUCAUCAUUGGGGUGACCCUCUGCUGCUGGCGCCAUGGCAAGGCCUCAGCCUCUUUCUCCAAGCAAAAGAACCUGGUGCGAAUCCCAGGCAGCAGAGAUGUCUCCAGUUCUCGGGGACCCGAGGAGGAGACAGGCAGCGGCGAGGACCGGGGCCCCAUUGUGCACACGGACCACAGUGACCUCGUUCUGGAUGAGGAGGGGGCUCUGGAGACCAAGGAUCCAACCAAUGGUUACUACAAGGUCCGAGGAGUCAGUCCACCCGCGUCUCCAGACUCAUGUAUGACACCUCUCCAAAUGAAGAGUCCUGGAAUCUUCGACUUGCCAUAAUGGAUUGUGCUGAUUUCUGAGGAAUCAGAACAAGUUGGUGACCUUCCUCCUCCAAAACUGAACAUUGAUGGGAGAGAAAGAUCAUUACAGUUAUCUGGAUCACUGGUGUACAGUGAGGUCAGCCAAAGGGGUUGCCCCAAGUGGGAGCAAGAUGGCCAUUUGACCAAUUAUUCCCCUGUGUAAAAGGGAUUCAAGA